UCAAGCGUCCAUCUUCAGAUUAAAACUCCCGUAUAAGCUUCCUAUGUGCAACACUCUUAGUUUUUCAAGAAACUCAAGAUUUGAGCAGAUAGAUUUGGGAUUUGAGUCAGUUCUUCAGGAUGUGGCUGCUGCUGUUUUUGGUGUUCGUCCUGAUUUGGGCCGGGGGAACGUCCUGGUAUCUGCUGAGAAAGCCCAGUCCGUUUACAGUGGAGUCAGUGAGGCCUGCAGGACCUUUAGAGCUGGACCAGAGGAAGAGAGACAAAGUGCUCAAACAAGGAUUUACCAAGGAGAAGAUUCCAAAGAAUCUGGAUGCAAUUGUGAUCGGCAGUGGGAUCGGAGGAAUGACGGCUGCAGCGACGAUGGCCAAAGCGGGGAAGAGAGUCCUGGUUCUGGAGCAGCACGAUGUGGCCGGAGGCUGCUGUCACACCUUCACUGAGAAGGGCUUCGAGUUUGAUGUGGGACUCCACUACUUCGGUCAGCUGCAUGAAAACGGUCUGCUGAAGGUUGCUUUGGACCAAAUCACUGAGGGUCAGCUGGAGUUUGUGGAGCUACCGCAGCAUUUUGACAGCAUCGUGAUUGAUGACAGCGGGAAACGGAGAGACUACGCCGUCUUGAGCGGCAAGACUGAGAUGGAGCAGAACCUGAAGAAGCACUUUCCUGAUGAUGUCAAAGCUGUGGAGGAGUUCUUCAAGAUCAUGAAGGUCACAGCCAGGAAGAUUCAUUAUUUGGCCAUCCUAAAGCUGAUUCCACAGUGGUUGGCUCUGUUUCUGCUCAAAAGUGGCAUCGCUGACUUCUGCUCGUCCAUCUUUCGUCUCUCAGGCUCCAAUGCCACAGAGGUGAACAACAGACUGACCACCAACAAGGACUUGCAUGUGAUCUUCUCAUAUUUCUUCUACGGCGUGUCUCCUAAAGAUUCCAGCUGUAUGAUCAAUGCUCUGAUGCUGCACCACUUCAAGCGUGGCGCGUAUUAUCCUAAAGGGGGCGCCAGUGAGAUCCCCUUCAACAUCACUAAAGUCAUACAGAAACACGGGGGCAGCGUUCUGGUCCGAGCUCCUGUCAGCCGGAUCCUGGUCGACAAGAAGGGAGCUGCUUAUGGAGUGACGGUGAAGAAAGGCGAUGAGCAUGUGGAGAUUUGUGCUCCUGUCAUCAUCUCCAACUGUGGGAUCUUCAACACCUUCCAGAAACUCUUACCUCCGGAAAUACAAGUCAAACCAGAGAUUCAGAGUCGUCUGGAUAUGAUGAGGCCAGGUAAAGCCUCGUUCCUCGUGUUCUCGGGGUUCGAUGCGACGCAGGAGGAGUUAGACAUCGUGCCCACCAGCAUCUGGCUCUUCAAAUCCAACGACAUGGAUGCCAUGAUGGAUGAGUUCUUCAGUAUGAGUAAAGACGAAGCACCAGAGAACAUUCCCAUGGCGCUCAUCACCUUCCCGUCAGCCAAAGACCCCACAUCACAGCUCCGGCACCCAGGCAAGUCGUGUAUGACCAUCCUGACCAUGGUGAAUUACGAAUGGUUUGAGGAGUGGAGAGACACCAGAGUGAGGAAAAGAGGCGAGGAUUAUUUCCACUAUAAGAUGAGAUUCGCCAGCUGUCUGUUUGACUGGGCCUGCAAACACUUCCCAAAACUCAGAGACAAGCUGGUGUUUCAGGAGGCCGCCACUCCUCUGACAAACAUGCACUAUCUCAGCUGUAACCGAGGGGCCAUUUACUCUGCUGACCACAAUCUGGAGCGCUUCUACGCAGAGGCCAUGGCUCGAAACCGAUGCGACACUCCCGUCAAAAACCUUUACUUGUCAGGUCAGGACAUCUUCAGCUGUGGCGUCGCCGGUGCGCUUCACGGGGGUCUCCUCUGCGCCUCCAGCGUCCUCAGCUACCCCGUCUACAUCGACCUGCUGCUCAUCAAGAAGAAGCUCAAGCGGAAGAAAGCAGCGGAGGCAGAGAAACUGGCAAAGCAGAAGCAGCAGUGAUGAACACACAUUCCUACAGAAACAAAGUAUUUAUAAAUAUGGAGGAUCAGCCCUUAAUUGUUAGUUUGGGGUUAUUUGUUAUACCUAAACCUAUUACCAGUUAUAGAUUUGAAUAUUUUAUAUACACUCUUAAAAAUAAAGGUGCUUAAAAGGUUCUUCACAGUGAUGCCAUAGAAGAACCAUUUUUGGUUCCACAAAGAACCAUUCAGUCAAAGAACCAUCUCUUUCUGACCUUUUUAUAAUCUGAAGAACCUUCUUUCGCCACAAUGAAGCUUUUGUGAAACAGAAAGGUUCUUCAGAUGUUAAAGGUUCUUCAUGGAACCAUUUAGACAAAAAGGUUCUUCUGUGGCAUCGUAAAGUGUCUUUAUUUUUAUAAGAGUGUAUAAACCUAUAACACUGCAUGCCAAUAUAACACUUUUAAUAGUCUAUAAAAGAACAAUAAAAUCAAAGAAAAUAUUUAGUUUUUUUUUUUUUCUUUUUUGACCUUUAAAUUUUACACUAUAUAGCGCUGCAGUCAUGAGGUGUUUUUGUAAGCCAACAUGUAAGUUUGCAUCACCCUGGUUCCCUUAAAAAAAUGAAUGAAUUACUUAAUCACUUAAUCAAUUAAUUAAUUAAUUGCAAAAGAUAAGCUCUGUUAACUACGAAGGUUUAUGAUUCUUACAUUUCUUACAUUUUGUUCAUCACAGUAUCUUCACAAAUGAAAAAAAUUAAAGCCUAAAUAUAACCAGUGGAAGUAAAAAAGUAAAUGUAGGCUAUAAAUGAACUACACCUUGGUUGCGUACUUUUAUUGUCACUAUCAUUAAGUCUUUAUUUCAAAAUGCAAGAGCGUGAUUAUAACAACAAUAUACGGCUGUGGAAGUGACUAUUGAGUAGCUUGAUAUUUAAUGUCCCAUUUAGACAACUUUUUUUUUAAAUACAAGUAAAAUCUUAAAAAAAUAAAUAAAUAAAAAAUCACAAGGGGAUUUUACAGGUGUAUUGUAUGUUUACUGGUGUUUUAAAAUAAAAUGUGAAAAUAUCUUGA